UUACUUUUAAUAUUUGUAUACGAAAAGAUUAAUUUACUUUUAUUAAUUAACUACAUAAUCUCUAAUUUCGACAACACGUAUAUAAUGAUGGAGGCGCUAACAUUGCAUCUACAAACGGCAAUUUUCUAUGCACUGGUAGCGAUUACAACAACUUUACUUGGAGUUUAUUUUUACAUUGAAAGUCUACAUGUGAUUCGCAUGGGAAAUAAGCUUCCAGGACCAAAACCCGUACCAAUCUUGGGAAAUGCAUUAUUAACUAUCGGUGUACAUCCAAAUCAAUUGCUAGACAAGUUACUUACAUACGAUGUAUAUGGACCUGUGAUUCGUGCCUUCCUAGGAAGGAAAGUAAUUGUUUUCAUGUAUCAUCCCCACGACAUCGAAAUCAUUCUCAACAGUUCAGUGCACAUUAAUAAAGCUGCAGAAUACAGAUUUUUUAAACCUUGGUUGGGGGAUGGAUUACUGAUCAGUAACGGUGAAAAAUGGCGGAGUCAUAGAAAAAUCAUAGCACCCACGUUUCAUUUAAGCGUACUGAAAACAUUCGUCCCAUUAUUUUACGAGAAUAGCAGAGAUUUAGUAAUACGUCUGCGUGAUCAAAUCGGAAAGGAAUUCGAUUGCCAUGACUAUUUGUCAGCAGUGACUGUCGAUAUUUUAUUGGACACAGCAAUGGGUCUACGAGAAAGUGAGAAACAUAAAACUGGUUAUGACUAUGCUAUGGCAGUAAUGAAGAUGUGCGACAUCAUUCAUCAACGACAGUUCAAGAUGCAUCUGAGAUUCGAUUUUCUCUUCAAACUUUCCGAUUACGGGAAAGAACAAAACCGCCAGCUUAAUACGAUCCAUAAUUUGACUUCGAAGGUAAUUAAAAGGAAGCGGGAAGAAGCUUAUACCAAAAUUUUGUCAAACGUCAAAUCUGAACCAACGAAAUCUGAAGAAAAGGAUCAAUUGAAGAAGAAUAGCGAGGAAAAUAAAAAUACGACGAAAAUGCACUAUGUUAGAGAUGAUUUAGAUGAGCUCGAUGAGAAAGAUAUCGGUGAAAAGAAAAGGCUCGCUUUCCUCGACCUUUUGCUGGAGCUUUCAAAAAAUGGCGCGAAACUGACCGACGAAGAGAUUAAAGAAGAAGUGGACACGAUAAUGUUUGAGGGACACGACACUACUGCCGCGGGAUCCAGUUUCGUCCUUUGCGUGCUGGGAAUUCAUCAAGAUGUCCAAGAUCGAGUGUACGAAGAAUUGAAUGAGAUUUUCAAAGGAUCAAACAGGCCCUGCACAUUCGAAGAUACUUUAGAAAUGAAAUAUCUUGAAAGGGUAAUUUUUGAAACUUUAAGACUUUUUCCACCAGUUCCAGCAAUUGCAAGACACCUUAAGGAAGACGUUAAAAUAGUGACAGGAAAUUAUGUUUUACCAAAAGGCUGUACGGUUUUGAUUGUACCAUACAAAAUUCAUCGAUUGGAAGAAUUCUAUCCAAACGCUGAUGAAUUUAACCCUGAUAAUUUCUUACCAGAAAAGAUGCAGAACAGACAUUACUACUCUUUCAUCCCCUUCAGUGCAGGGCCAAGAUCAUGCGUGGGAAGGAAGUACGCGAUGCUGAAGUUGAAGGUUUUAUUGUCGACGAUCCUGCGGAACUACAAGAUCCUGUCGGAUCUUACAGAAAAGGACUUCCGGCUGAAGGUUGACAUUAUUCUUAAAAGGAUAGACGGCUUCCGAGUAAAAAUCGAGCCACGAAACAAAAGCAAUCAAGAGGUUCUCGUUUAA